AUGGAAAGUUCAAUAAAAACAAUCCAACUCAUCUUCUUAGCUCUCCUAUUUUCUCUCUCAUCAGCCUCAACAGUUGACCAGUCUUUCCUCCGGUGCCUGGACGACCACUCCGACCCCUCCAGUCCGACCUCUGCAGUUCUCUACAGUCCAAACAACUCCUCCUUUUCCUCCCUCCUCCAAAACUACCUCAACAACCUCCGCUUCAAUUCCUCCGCCACUCCAAAGCCCCAAUUCAUCCUCACCGCUCUCCAAAUCUCCCACAUUCAGGCCGCCGUCGUCUGCGCCAAAUCCCACGGCCUCCAAAUCAAAAUCCGCAGCGGCGGCCAUGACUACGAGGGCCUCUCCUACCGCUCCGAUUUCUCCGAUUUUUUCAUACUAGAUUUGUUCAAUCUCCGGGCCGUCGACGUCGACGCCGACGCCGGAACGGCGUGGGUCGAGGCCGGCGCGAUCCUCGGCGAGGUCUACUACGCCAUCGCUGAGAAGAGCGCGGCCCUCGGCUUCCCCGCCGGAGUCUGCCCCCGGGUCGGCGUCGGCGGCCACUUCGGCGGGGGCGGCUACGGGAACAUGAUCCGCGCGCACGGCCUCUCGGUCGACAACAUCGUUGACGCGAGGCUCGUUGACGCCGGAGGACGCCUCCUCGACCGGGAGGCCAUGGGCGAGGAUCUGUUCUGGGCGAUCACCGGCGGCGGAGGGUAUAGCUUCGGCGUCGUGGUGUCGUAUAAAAUCGAGCUCGUCCCGGUCCCGCCGAAAGUAACGGUUUUUAGAAUCCAACGGUUGUUUAACGAGAAUCUGACGAACCUCGUUUACCGUUACGUAGAGGCUGCGGCGACAGAACUGCCGCCGCAGCUUUUUAUCAGGAUGAGCCUGGACAUUGUGAACGUCUCGAACGUCGCGACGAAUCGGGCUAGAUUCGUCGCAAUGUUCCUUGGUGCAUCAGGGGAAUUACUUUCCCUUAUGCACCAGAAAAUUCCUGAAUUGGAAUUGAAAGAGACAGAUUGUCUGGAAAUGAGCUGGAUCGAAUCAGUGCUAUUUUGGAGUAGUUUUAAGCCGGGAACUCCGGCGACUGCUCUUCUGAAUCGAAAACCCCCAAAAGUCGAUUACCUAAAAAGGAAAUCGGAUUACUUAAAGAAGCCGAUUCCAAAGCCAGAAGUUGAGCUCAUAUUAAGGAAAAUGGUGGAAUUGCAAGCUCCGGAGUUGGUGUUCAACCCCUACGGCGGUAGAAUGGCGGAGAUUCCGUCGUGGGCGAAGCCUUUCCCUCACAGAGCCGGCAACAUUGCGAAGCUACAGUAUGCGACGAACUGGGAAGAAGGCGGCGAGGUGGCGGCGAAUCAAUACGUGAAUUUGACACGCCAGCUAUUUGAUUAUAUGUCGCCAUACGUGUCAGCAUCGCCUAGGGAGGCGUUUUUGAACUAUAGAGAUCUGGACAUCGGAAUCAAUGAUGGAGGUCUAGAUAGCUAUGAGCAGGGAAAGGUCUAUGGGCUAAAAUAUUUCAAGGAAAAUUUCUAUAGAUUGGUGAAGAUCAAGACAAUUGUUGAUCCCGAUAAUUUGUUCAGAAACGAGCAAAGCAUUCCAGUUUCACCCAAAUAG